AUGGCCGAGAACGAUCAGGAAAAGAGAGUUGCCGAUAGGUAUCUCAAGCGUGAAAUUCUUGGUGAAGGUACUUAUGGUGUCGUCUACAAGGCCAUUGAUACCAAGACUGGACAGACCGUUGCAAUCAAGAAAAUUCGGCUGGGGACGCAAAAGGAAGGGGUGAAUUUUACUGCUCUUAGAGAGAUUAAACUGCUGAAAGAACUUAAAGAUCCGAAUAUAAUCGAGUUGAUCGAUGCAUUUCCUCACAAGGGAAACUUAAACCUCGUGUUUGAGUUCAUGGAGACCGACCUGGAAGCAGUUAUUCGUGAUAGGAAUAUAUUUCUUUCACCAGCUGAUAUCAAGUCAUACUUUCAAAUGACACUGAAAGGUCUAGCCUUUUGCCACAAGAAAUGGGUUUUGCAUAGGGACAUGAAGCCAAAUAAUUUGUUGAUAGGCUCUGGUGGACAACUUAAACUUGCAGAUUUUGGUUUAGCUCGUGUAUUUGGGAGCCCUGAUCGCAAGUUCACUCAUCAUGUGUUCGCUCGGUGGUACAGGGCACCUGAACUGUUAUUCGGGGCAAAGCAGUAUGGUUCUGGUGUUGAUGUGUGGGCUGCGGCAUGCAUACUUGCAGAACUUCUACUGCGCCGGCCUUUUCUACAGGGGUCAAGUGACAUUGAUCAGUUGGGAAAGAUUUUCCAAGCAUUUGGGACUCCAACACCUUCCCAAUGGCAUGAUUUGGUAUACCUUCCUGAUUAUGUCGAGUACCAAACAGUUCCUUCCCAACCUUUGCGUAAGUUGUUUCCAAUGGCUAGCGAGGAUGCCCUUGAUCUGUUAUCAAAGAUGUUCACUUAUGAUCCAAACUCUAGGAUUACGAUCCAACAGGCAUUGGAACACCGGUACUUCUCAUCUGCCCCUUUACCUACGGAACCAGCUAAGCUUCCCAGGCCUGCUCCCAAGGGGCAACCUCUCAAUUCCAGGGUUUCAGAUUUGAAUUCCCAGGCUGGUCCAACUGUUUUGUCACCUCCGAGGAAGACAAGAAGAGUGAUGGCUGAACGUGAAAGCUUUGAUGUGAAUGUCCACCAACAACUUGAUAAGAUUGAUGAACAUGCACAAAUGAGACAACAUACAGCUGGUGAUAACUCGGGAAGAACCGACAACAUGCCAAUGUCAGUAGAUCUUUCAGUGUUCGGCACAAGACCCGUUAGCAGACCAACAAUCAAUAGUGCUGACAGAUCCCACCUGAAGAGGAAACUAGAUCUUGAAUUCCAGUAG